AUGCGAUAUCUAUUACGUCUCAAUCCGAUAUUUGACUCCAUUGUUUCUUUUUUACCAGUGUCCUCAGAAUCCGCACCAACGCAGAAGCCAACGGCACCAUCGCAAUUCAUCCUCCCAGAGCAUGUCUAUUUCAAGAACCCACGAGGAAGGUACCUCAAAUGCGUACCCAACCACCUCGGCAUGGGUGUUGGCCUCCGAUGGGAUCACACCAAACUGGACGAGAGUUGUCAAUUCAAGAUAAUGCGCGUCCCUGAUCAACCUGGGAAGUUCAAAAUCAUAGGCAAACCAUCAGGAAACUACCUCCAAAUCACACAUUGUCGAGCGCCUAAACCUAGAGGGUCAAGCUACUCCGCGAGCCUUCCUGACACCGCGGACGGCGGAGGCAAAGAUGCUGGAUCGCUCCAACUUGGUCAAAUUUGGCAAAUCCUCUCCACCGACAACGCAGACGACGAUUCCGAGAUCUACCUCGUCUCCGAAACCUCUCAUCCACCCGCCUCCUCUAGUCGUAUGCGCUCUCGCUCUCGCGCUCGAUCCAGUUCCCGCCGACGCGGAUCCACAGCGACCGCCUCAGCUGGCACAGACACCCCAGACACAGGUUCCCUCUUUCUCAGCAACAACUACAACCAAGUCCACUGGCCCGGCCCGCGCUACGCCAUCGGCCUCACCACCUACGCCAACGACGGGAACAAGAUCACCGUCGAGCGCGCUGCUUUGAAAACCGAAAUCUGCGAUAUCGUGUAUCAGACGGAUCAGAAAGUCGUCGGAGAGUUGAAUCCUACUAUCGCUGUGCAGAAGGUGUUGGAGAACUUGACGGGCGUGGAGGCGAGCCAGAGUGUGGGGUAUAAGUAUUCGAAGAGUGAAGAGGGAAAUUGGAAUAAUAAACUUGGGUUUGAGCUCGGGCAGAGGUUAACGUUUGCGGUUGGAGUGCCGAUGGUUGGAUCUGGAGAGGGCGAGUUGACGUUCAGCGAGGGGUAUGAACAUACCUGGGGAGGCUCUACCACCGAGUCCCAGGAAGUCACCACGUCAACCACCGUCUGCGUCCCACCGUACACCACUGUCGAACUGUCCGUCCUGAUCUACAAGAAAGAAAUCACCAUCCCAUUCACUUACACGGAGAGGGCCACGCUUUUCGACGGAUCAGUCGUGGAGAAGAAAAACAAGGAGGGGAUAUACCACAACGUCCAGUUCAUCCGAGACCAUGCUACGAGUUCCGUCAUCGGCCGGGUUGGAGACCUCGAGGUCAAGCUCAAGAAGGCGUGCUGA